AUGCCAGCUAUUGGAAUUGAUCUUGGAACCACAUACUCAUGUGUGGGAGUGUGGCAACAUGGAAACGUGGAAAUCAUCGCAAACGACCAAGGCAACCGAACAACACCAUCAUACGUUGCAUUCACAGACACAGAGAGACUUAUUGGAGAUGCCGCUAAGAACCAGGUCGCUUUGAACCCAAAUAACACAGUGUUCGAUGCAAAGCGACUGAUCGGCAGAAAAUUCGACGACCCCAAGAUUCAGCAAGAUAUGAAACAUUGGCCUUUCAAAGUCAUCAACGACUACGGUAAAUGUAAAAUUCAGGUGGAAUUCAAGGGCGAAACAAAACGAUUUUCUCCGGAAGAAAUCAGCAGCAUGGUGCUCACGAAGAUGAAGGAAACUGCUGAGGCGUAUUUGGGUAGUUCGGUCAGAGACGCUGUUAUAACUGUACCAGCUUACUUCAACGACUCCCAACGUCAGGCAACCAAGGAUGCGGGUGCGAUCGCCGGUAUCAACGUCUUAAGGAUAAUAAAUGAACCCACCGCUGCCGCUUUGGCUUAUGGCCUGGACAAAAGUCUGAAAGGAGAACGUAACGUCUUGAUUUUUGAUCUCGGAGGCGGUACCUUUGAUGUAUCCAUCCUAACUAUCGACGAGGGAUCAUUGUUUGAAGUUAAAGCUACUGCCGGCGAUACGCAUCUGGGUGGCGAGGACUUUGACAACAGACUAGUCAACCACCUGGCUGAUGAAUUCUUCCGAAAGUACAAGAAGGACAUAAGGAAUAACGCUCGCGCUCUUCGUCGACUACGAACCGCUGCUGAAAGAGCUAAACGGACCUUAUCAUCGAGCACGGAAGCCACCAUUGAAAUAGACGCUCUCUACGAAGGAAUGGACUUCUACACUAGGGUUUCUCGGGCACGGUUUGAGGAAUUAAACUCGGAUUUGUUCCGCGGUACUCUGGAACCAGUCGAGAAGGCCCUUAAGGAUGCUAAACUUGACAAGAGCUCUAUUCACGAUGUAGUAUUGGUUGGUGGUUCUACUCGUAUUCCAAAAAUUCAGAGCAUGCUGCAAAACUUCUUCUGCGGUAAGAAAUUAAACCUCUCCAUCAACCCUGAUGAAGCUGUUGCUUAUGGCGCUGCGGUUCAAGCAGCUAUCUUAAGUGGGGAACAGCACAGUAAAAUCCAGGAUGUACUGCUAGUAGACGUUGCUCCAUUGUCAUUGGGUAUUGAGACUGCAGGAGGAGUAAUGACGAAGAUCAUUGAGCGGAAUGCGAAGAUUCCAUGCAGACAGUCGCAAACCUUCACCACAUACUCGGACAACCAACCGGCCGUUACCAUCCAGGUGUACGAGGGUGAACGAGCAAUGACUAAAGACAACAACCUGCUCGGGCGAUUUGAUCUUACUGGAAUACCACCAGCUCCGCGAGGAGUACCUAAGAUAGACGUCACCUUUGAUUUAGAUGCCAAUGGAAUCUUAAACGUAUCCGCAAAAGAAAACAGUACUGGCCUAAGCAAGAACAUCGUGAUCAAGAAUGAUAAGGGCCGUCUUUCGCAAGCUGAGAUCGAUCGUAUGUUGGCUGAAGCCGAAAGGUACAAAGAAGAAGACAACCGCCAAAGAGAAAGAGUAGCAUCUCGCAAUCAACUAGAAUCCUACAUCUUUAGCGUGAAACAGGCUUUGGACGAUGCUGGUGAAAAACUCAGUCAAGAAGAAAAGAACGGUGCUCGAAAUGCGUGUGAUGAAGCUCUCAAAUGGUUCGAAAACAAUACCUUAGCGGAAAAAGAAGAAUAUGAACACCAGCUUAAGGAAUUACAAAGGACUUGCUCUCCAAUAAUUAGCAAGAUGCACGGAGCUGGUUCCAGUAACCCAGGUGGCUUCCAGCCCGGACAAGGAUUCCAACAAGGGCAAGGAUUCCAGCAAGGACCAGGUUUUCAACCAGGACAAGGCUACCAACAAUACAGCAACCAAGGUCCCACAGUAGAGGAAGUUGAUUAA